UUAUAUACAAGAAAAUAAUGAUUCCACAUUCAUAAGUGAAUAACCAGCGAAUAACGUUAUUUUCCGAUGUAGCAUAAUUAGUAAUUACCGUAACCACCCGUAACAUACGUAAUAUCAUUGUGUACAAAAUAUGUUAGUGAUUUUAUUAUCUUGACGGUUAUAUUAUUGAUAACAAUCAUUUAAAUUGUCGAUUCAUUAAUAAAAUUUAAGACAGUGCAUGGUUAUUUGUUUCCGGCAUUUAUCUAAGUUCGGUAUGCGGCGUGCGCUAUUCCAUUUAAUCAACGGUCAAUGUCGAAACUAAAAAUAUAGUCAGAUAGUCAGAAGACAGGAAUACCUUUUAUUUGACAUUUUGUGUAUGACAAACCACAAGUGUCACGUUCUUCGUUUCCAUUCGUACGCAUUUGUGGUCAUGCAGACAUUUUAAUAAUCAAAUUCAUCGAUUAUUGCAAAAUUCUUUACCCUUUUUUAGUUACUUUUAUUCUAAAUAUCAUUUUUGUUUUUAAUUAGUACACGCACAUAUAAAAAUGGGGUUGACUCCUCUUACGUCCAAACAAGUCUUGGAGUUCUUGCCUAUGAACACGUGGACUGAGAUUCAUUUGCUUCCAAGUGAUUUUAAAAAUAUAUAUAUAGCAACAACAAAAGAGAAAAUGGAAAAGCGAUUGAAAGACAUGCAAUCAAUUUCAUUACAGAGUGGUUCUUAUGAUAAAGUUACAACAUUUAAAUUAUACGAAAUUGUUGCUGUUGAAAUUAAAGGAGAAUGGUAUAGAGGGAAAUUAAUUAGUUUCAAUGAAUUUCUAACUGACAAUACCAGAAUUGAAUUAAUUGAUAUUGGCUCUGUUUAUCAAACUAAGUUAGAAAAUCUGUUUGUUCUUCCAUAUUUUUUUACAUAUGAACCAUUAGCUUUACCGAUAAAAUUUAAGGAUUUCAUUCCUAAGAAAACAACAUUUUUUGUAAAACCCCUGCUGCGAGAUAGUAAUCUACAUGACGGUGCUGUUCUUGUUGAUGUUCACUGUAAUGAUAAAAAGUUGGAAAGCGGUGUUGAAGAAAAACAACUAUUAGAUUCAAAAAAAGACAUUAACUUUGUUAAUGAUUCAAAACAGAAAAUUGUUCAAAAUAUGAAAAAUGGUUAUGAUAACAAUGAAUUGAGCAUUAAUUCUGUUAAUGAUUCAAAAAUUAGAAGUAUUCAAAACAUGAGCAACGGUCACAGUAAUAGCGAUUCGAGCUCUUAUCUAUCUAGUAGUUACCGAAAAGGUAGCACUUUUAGUCAGGAAAAACUAAACAAUAUACCAUUAAAAAAUGAGGAUUAUUGCAUUUUAACUUAUUUUGAAGAUUUUACUUGUUUGUAUGUUGGCAAAGCUAUUAAAAGUGACAAAGAUGGCAGUUAUAAUUUCUUUGAUUUUGACACUUUGUGCAAAACUGCUUGUAGUACAGAUAAAAUACUUAAGUGUAAUCCUAUUGUCGGAGAUAUUGUCAAAGUUUUUUCAUCUCAAAAUGAUGGUUUAUUCAGAGCAAAAAUAUUAAAAAAUAAUAAUGGAAGUUAUGAUGUUUUCUACAUUGAUUAUGGAAAUAUUGAAACAGUCCCAUCAAAUGUUAUUUAUGAAUUGGCUGAUGAAUUAAAGAAGCCUGGAAUAGCUGUUAAAAUAGGACUCUGUGAUUUAAAGAAUAUUCAAGCUACUGAACAAAUAAAAAAUAUGUUUAACAUGUUUUGUGACAUUGGAAAGCUGUUUGUAGUUGAGCUUGAUGAUAAAUCUAAAAAUUGUCUAGAAAAUGUGAAGUUGAAAGAUUUAGAAAAUGGAUCGUAUAUUAAUUCUAAUUAUAUAAUGAAUUACUUAUCAGUACAAUCUGAAAUUACUCCUGUGCAAUUUGAUGAAAAUACUUCAAUAGUUCAUAAUAAUGAUAAUCAACUUUGCGAUUUAAAAAAUAAUGAUAUAGUUUUUUUAAAACAUUUUGAAGAUAUGAAAAGUGUAUAUAUUUUAAAGAAUGUACAGCUAUUAAAUGAUGUGAUGAUACAAUUGAUAAAUGAUAAAACUGCUGUAUGUAAAAAAGAGUUAAGUGUGGGAAAUAUUGUUAAAGUAUUAUGUAAAAAAUCUCAAUAUCGUGCCAAAAUUAAAAAAAUUGAUGGUAAUUUGAUUUGUGUUAAAAAUAUUGAUUUUGGAUACCGUGAACUUGUUGAGUCAAAUUCUGUUUGUGAACUACCAGAUGAUUUAUUAAAGAUUCCUGGAUUAGCUAUAAAGGUUGGAAUUAAAGAACCUUUAAUAAAAAAGACACAGGACUUAAUUGUUUUUAUUGAAAAUAUUGAAAGAAUUCCAUUAUACUUGGAAUUUGAAGAAGGAAAUGCCAAUAGAUAUCAAGAAAUUACUCUAAGGAGAAAAGACAAUUCUGAAAAUAUUUUUGAAGAGUUUUUAAAAUCAAAUAAAAAUCAAUUAAUUUAUAAUGGAAUUUCAAGCAAAUGUGAAGACAAAGGCACAACAAUCAAAUCUAGUGAAAGUUCAAUCAUCGAUUUCCAAAAUAUUACAUUAACAAUUGGGGAUUAUUGUAUUAUUUCUUAUUUCAAAGAUUUUAAUAAUAUUUAUUUAUGUAAAGCUGUAAAAAGUGAUGCAAAUGAUGAUUAUGAAAUGCAUAAUUUGCCUAUAAUUAUAAAGACCAUGAAUAGUGAAGAUCGUAAUACUAAAAUAAAUCCAGUUAUAGGAGAUAUUGUUAAAGUAUUUUCAAAUUCAUUUAAUGAUUUUUAUAGAGCUAAAAUAUUAGAUAUCAACAAUAACAAAUUCCACGUUUCUUACAUUGAUUUUGGAAAUACAGAGUUUGUUAGUUCAAAUGAAAUAUUUGAACUUUCAGAUGAAUUAAAAAUAAAGACCAAAUUACCAAUUCCAGUAGCGAUUAAAGUUCCUCCAAAUGCCAAAACAACAGAUGAAAUUCAAAAGUUUUUUGAUAACUUAAUAAAUGAUAGUACAGUUCUAUGUAUUGAAAAUAUUGAUGGUUUGGAAAAUAUUAAACUAAAAGAAUUGAAAUCUGGUAAAAUAGUUAACACUGAACUAUUAAAUUUAUUACCCGUUGAAAAAAUCCCAAUCAGUAAUUUUGAAAAUCUUAGUGUUGCACAAAUUGUUGAUAUCGAAUGUACCAAAGCUCAUGAUUUAGAAAAUGUUAAAAUAUCAAAAGAAACUAAAAAUAGUUUUACAACUGAAAAUGAUCAUUUAAAAAUUGAAGAAGACAAAAACUCACCAGGUGUUAUUGACUUUAAAUUAGGACCACUUAAGAACAGAGAUUUAGUUCAUAUACGCUACUUUCAUGAUUCAACUUCAGUAUUUGUUUCUCGAAGUUCUGAAGAAUAUUUAAAGCUGUUCUAUGAUGUGACUACCAGAACAUUUCAAGAUAACACAAAAACAAAAAAGUUAGACAUUGAAGUAGGAGAUAUUGUUAAAGCAAUGUUUAGUGAUAAUAUGACGUAUAGAGCAAAAGUAUUGAAAAAAGUUGAUAACAAUAGUUUCUAUAUAUCUUUUAUUGAUUUUGGAAAUGAAGAGACUGUUCAUGUUGAUGACAUUUUUGAUUUACCUGAAGAUUUAAAAAAGAUACCUGGUUUGUGUGUAAAAAUUGGAAUUAAAGGAUCACCAAUAGUUGAAAAAACAAAUAGUUUAGUAUCAAAAUAUUUAGAAGAUUUAGAAGACGAACUUUUGUAUAUUGAAUAUGAUGAAGGAACCCCGAAUGGAUUAAAGGAAGCUAAUUUAAAAAGAAAAAAUAAUUCUGAUAUUUUUGAAGAAUUAUUUAAAAUUUUAGGCAAACCAAUGGUUACUAAAGAAGAAUCUACACAAAAAGCUCAAGAUAUUACUAAAAAUGAGACAUUGUUAAUAAACUCAUCUGAACCAGAAGUCAUAUCAAAUAUUGAACUGAGUACUGGUGAUACUGUUUUUUGUAGUCAUUUUGAAGAUUUUAACCAGCUAUACCUGUGUAAAAGUUCUAAAAAUAGUACUAUUCCAGAAAAUUAUAGUGUGAUUAUAAAUGCUAAAAUGGCAAAAGAUAUGGUUGUAAAAGAAACGCCUAAAUAUAAGGAUAUUGUAAGAGUGAAGUUUGAAGAUAAAAUUUUCCGUGCUAAAGUACUUGAUAAAUGUGAAGAGAAGUAUUCAGUAUUUUUAAUUGAUAUUGGGAAAAAUAUAAAUGUGCUUGCUGAAAAUAUCUUUGAACUUCCUAGUAGCUUAAAAAAUAUACCUGGUUUAGCUGUAAAGGUUGGUCUUAAAGGGACAACAGAUUUAAUAAUUACUUCAGAUGUUAAAGAUUAUUUUUAUAACUUGUGGCAUAAUGAUCCAAUUCCAUUAAUUUUAAGGUACGAUGAGGGUAAUUUCAAUUAUUUAAAUGAAGUAAAUUUAAUUAAGCAAAGUAAUGGACAUGAUAUUAUUGACGAUUUAAUCAAGAUAUGUAAUAAAUCUGACAUUUCUAAUAAGCCUAAAUCAGCUCAAGUAACAAAAAGUAAUGGUUCAAAUAUUAAUAAUUGGCAAAUUUUGAGCGGAGAUCGUGUUGAAUUUUUAUUUGGAAAUAAUAUUGACAAUAUUUUUGUAAGGAAAAUAAAAUUAUAUGAAGAAUUUAAGAAUGUUCUAGACCAACUUAAAGAAGAAAAUAGUGAAAAUUACAAACCAAUAACCCCAAAGCCCAAUGAUAUUGUUGCAGUAUAUUCUACAAAGUUUAAUGGGAUUUAUAGAGCUAGAGUUCAAAUGUCAUCUAUGGAUGAUUCAAAUAGGAUUAAAUGUUCUUUAAUUGAUAUUGGUCAAAUUGAUAUGAUACCACCUAAAUAUAUAUUUUCAUUACCCAACUAUGUUUCAUUAAAUAAGGUACCAAAUAUGGUUCGUAGAGUGACACUUGCCGGUUUGAACAAGAACUUUAAUACUAAGAUAACUUCAUAUCUAUCUUCACUGAAAGGAAAAACAUAUAUUAUGGAAUACGACAAAAAAUCUGAACAAUGGCAUAAACAAGAAGUUGUGUUAAAAGAAUUACAAAGCAAUUUAUCGAUUAAUGAUGAAAUACAAAAAUUAUUUUCUAAUGAUGUUUCUUCUGUUCCUAUAUCUCAGCAACGACGAUUAGAAAGAAAAAUUAUUCUUCCUGAGACAAAAGAAAGUAUACUUGAAAAACCAUCUCAUCCUAUUAAGAGCGGUUCAUCUGUUUUCAUAACUAAUUUUGAAAACUUUAAUUCAAUUUUUAUUCGUGAUGCUUCAUAUGAAUUUAUUGAAAACUUUAAUGCAUUUAAUAAAACUAUGUUGAAAUAUUAUAGAAAUGCUAAUAAUAAUAUUCCUAAAAAAAAUUUGAAAAUUGGUGAUAAAGUGAGUGUUCAGUCGUUAAUAAAUAUGGUUAUGUAUUCUCGAGCUCUUAUAAUCGACAUAAUUGAUAAUGAUUACAAUGUUUUUUACUUGGAUUAUGGAAAUACAGAACUAGUAAAAGCUGAAGAUAUAAUGGAUUUGCCAAAAGAAUUAGAAAAGUUUCAAGAUUUUGUCAUAAAAGUUCAACUGCAAAACAUGCCACCGUUAAAUACCAAAAAUGAAAUUCAACUUAUCAAGAAUCAUUUCCAAAAAAAAUUUAUUACACCCAAUGCAACACUUUCUAUUGAAUUUAAUGAGUUCAAUCCAAAAGGACUUGAUGAUGUUGUUUUAAGAACAGAGUAUUAUAAAAAGGAUAUUGUUGAGGAUAUCAGAGAUUUACUAAAUGCACCGCCAUUGAAUAUUAAAAUAACAGGUCAACAUAAAAAUACAGAACAACAAACUUCAUCUCAUGGUGUAUUUCCUUACCCUGCACGAAGACAGUUAUAAGAUAUAAAUGAUUGUUAUUAUACAUAUUAUGUAUUAAGUUUUAUUUUUUGAUUUUAUGCUAUAAAGAAAGAUACUUUUUAUUUUAUACUUUUUUAUUCAUUAACUAUUUUAUAAUUUUGUUAUUAAUGAGUUAAUAUUUGAUUGAUUUUUUACAUUUUAAUAAAAGAAAAGCAAGAAAGCUUUUGUGAUCUUGUAAUAA